AUGUACACCACCAGCAUCAUCAUCGCCGCCUUUGCCGCUCUCGCAGCUGCCGCACCAGAUGCCGGCCACGCUGCCAAACGCGACACAUACUACGGAAUCGGUCUCCGCGUCAAAAUAACCGCCGCCUUCACCCAACCGCCAGAAUACUCGCCGGCACCAGUCGAGAUCAACAAGCUCACUUCCUUCGGAAACACUUCGUGCACUGAGAUCAGCUUCGACUCUGGUGUUCACCCCAAUGUCGAUGUCGACAGCGUCGAGUGCCGCGCAUACAAGGACGAAGCUGGUGUCAUUCCUGGCAGUGCUCCCUUUACCAACAAGCAGCCUGCCGAGCUGGGCACCAACCUGGUGGAGAUUGGCAGCGUGCUCUGCUACAUUCGUACUGAGGCUGAGUACGAGUGA